GACAUUUAUUUGUAAACAAACAAACAAAAGCUUGCAAAAUUGUGUUUUUGAACAAAUCGUGUUUUUUAAGCGAAGUGAAAAUUGUGUUUUAUUUAUUUAAAAAAGAGUUUUAAAUUAAAAUAAUUGUUAAAAUAUCAGAAAGAAAACUUUACUUUGUAACUAACUUUAAAAAUAAACGAAAAUGGAUGCUGAAUUAAAACAACAGUUUGAUGAUAUGGGCAUUGAGCCUCCCCAGGAAGUGGUGGACAAAUCUGUUGAACUUUGUAUUACCUAUCAUAUUGAUGAUGCCUCCGAAUUUGUUGAACAAUGGAUGGCUUUCAGUAUUUCUCAUUUGCAUGGUGCCGAACCUUCGAUAGAGCAUUUAAAUGAAUUCGAACGUAAAGUUUUCCAAGCUAAACGUGAAAAAGAACUUAUGGCGGCUAGCAAGAAAAAAGGCAAUAAAUUGCCAUCUGCUCUUGCCAAUCUUACACAUUUAAAUGACAUUGCUUCGAGUAAUUCCAAUCCUCUCGCCAUGUAUGGUGUUGAGGAUGAUAUGAUGGAUGAUUAUAUGCCCGAUAUGAUUAGUGCCGGUGUCGGUAGUAGUACAACUUUGGAUGAAAGUGAAGCGGUUCCGAGUACUCCUAGCAUUUAUCAUACGCCUAAGGCUAAAAGUGCUUUGUCCAGAACACCUGCUCGCCACAAUGAUGCCCUCUUCAGUCCUGCCAGUUACUCACCAAUUGGAACACCACGCACUCAUACAGCUGCUCCAGGCUCUGGUAAAGUCGUUUACACAUUUGGCAAUCCAACGUUAAUCAGCAAUACUCAAUGGUCGCUAGUCACAAAACCAAAAAUACAUGUUAAGCAAUUGCUACAACAUAAUGGUGAAUGUCUGGGCAUGAAUUCGAAUGGCAGAUAUAUGUUUGAUUGUCUACGUGAAAAAGCUGAAAUUGCGGGGGAUCGUGUCUUUAAUAUUGGCAGAAGUUUGUGCCAGAAAGUAUUUGGAGAAGAUGCUGAAGAUUAUGCUUUAGCACAAGUGGACGUUCAUUCACAGGAUACCAUUAAAACUAUAGGCACCAUUUUUAGUGAUUACGAUGGUCCUUUAGAUCCCUCUUCCACUUUGUUAGUUGGCUCCGAUGAGAUGUCUUGUCGUACGGUUCGUCUAAAUUUCUCUAAAACGAAAUCAGUUGGAGUUUUUCCAGGCCAAGUUGUUAUGGUCUCUGGAAUGAAUCCAAAAGGAGAUAUUUUUAUGGUUGAAGAAUUGUUUACCGAGCAAAAUCUCAAACCGCCAACACCACCUUCUAUUGUUGAACAACUAAGUUUCGUUAUUGCCGCCGGACCUUACACGCAAGAUGAUGAUUUAGUUUAUGAUCCACUGCAAGACUUGGUGAUGUAUCUGAAGGAACACAGACCAAAUGUCUUAAUAUUGUGUGGACCAUUUAUGGAAGCUGAACAUAAACUUAUUAGCGAUAACAUAACAUUAGCCGAAACAUUUGAAAUUUUCUUUGAAAAGAUGAUUACAGGCAUUGUUGAAGCUGUUGGAGGUGAUACCACGAUUUUAGUUGUGUCAUCUCAUCGUGACGCUAAUGCUGAUUGUGUUUAUCCAACAAUGCCUAUAAGUUUGAAGAAAACAUUUCCAAAUGUACACAUGUUACCGGAUCCUUCAAUAGUUGAUUUGAAUGGCUUGACCAUUGGCAUGACUUCUACAGAUAUUGUGGAUCACAUCUUAUAUAAUGAGUUACAGAUAAAUGCUGGAGACAAAGUCAAGCGCGUGGUUAAUUACUUAUUACAUCAAAAAUCGUUUUAUCCCUUAAGUCCACCCAAAGAAGAUGAAAUGUGUUUCGACAGCUAUUUAGCUAGCAAAUUUACAAACAUUGAUCAGAUUCCAAAUAUACUAAUUUUGCCAAGUUCACAAAAGUGUUUUUUGAGGGUUGUUAAUGGCUGCCUAGCCAUUAAUCCCGGACGUUUGGCCGACAACAAUGGUGGAACCUUUGCUCGCUUUAUUAUAAAUCCCCCAACACCGAAAGAAGAACAAAACAUUUAUAACUUUGUAGGUUGCCAAGUACGUAAAGUUUAGUUUACAAAUCUGACUGUAUACCAAAACUAGACGGACUUAGUAUUUUAACUAUAAGAAUGAAGCACUUUAAUUUUUUAUUAAAUAAACUCAAAAUUUCUGUUAAAAAUUA